AAGCAGACCAAUCAAGCAGAGACAGUGAUAGGCUAGCUUUUUCUUGUACAUCCUAAUCUGUAACCAAAGAUUUUUAGUGAACAUUCAAUAGCUAGCUAGAGAGAUAGCUCAUUUCUUUGUUUUGAAGCCUUCAUAUAUAACCAAUGGCUUCUCUUACUUCAAUCAGCCUACACUCAUCUUCACUAUUGGGAUUUGCUUCUAAACAUGAUCAUACUUCUUGCUGGUUUACAGUGAGAUCAGUAAGAUCCUCAAGGCAAGGAUUGUCAUCGCAGACCGUCCCACGGGGCCUGAAAAUUCGAAGUGCAGCAACAAAACAAGCCAAAACUCCAGCUGAAGAGGAUUGGAAGAUUAAGAGGGAACUUCUGCUACAGAAGAAGGUAAGAAGUGUGGAUGCAAAAGAAGCUCUGCGGCUUCAGAAAGAAAACAACUUCGUGAUUCUUGACGUACGGCCUGUAGCAGAGUUUAAAGAGGCUCAUCCGCCGAACGCUGUCAAUGUGCAAAUUUAUAGGCUUAUAAAGGAGUGGACAGCUUGGGACAUUGCUAGGCGAGCUGCAUUUGCAUUUUUCGGCAUUUUUGCAGGCACAGAAGAGAAUCCUGAGUUCAUUCAAACUGUGGAAUCAAAGAUAGAUAAGAAGGCAAAGAUAAUAGUGGCUUGUGCAUCUGGGGGUACAAUGAGACCAACCCAGAAUCUACCAGAAGGUCAACAAUCAAGAUCACUGAUAGCGGCCUACUUGCUUGUCCUCAACGGUUAUACCAAUGUGUUCCACUUAGAAGGCGGACUUUACUCGUGGUUCAAAGAGGGACUGCCGGUAGAAUCAGAAGAAGAAGAAAAGGAGUGAAGAUGCGUUAGCAUCCAAAGGAAAUGAGUUCGUGUUUUGUCCCUAAAUGAGUGAGUGCCAACUGCCAAUGAACUGUUAGCCAUAAGUACUAACAGCACUUGUGAAUUCUGACGCAAAAUCUCGUAAUUAGAAAGGUCUCGGUGUGGAAUUUGAUUGUGUUAUUGUUGUAAUGACAAUACCAAUAAUAGUUCAGUAUGAUGUAUAGAAAUUUCGAAC